AUGACACCUGUCGUUUUUGCUAAGCCGAUAGAUCGGAGCUCAAUCCCUCUCCAGCAGACCAGGGCAUUCCUCCACCAGCUCAUGAGCGCCGCUUCUCGUCCCAUACAAAGCUGUUUCCAGUGUGAUUUCUUUGUCGAAAGCGCAAAAUCAAAUGUUAGCACGACCGAUGCUGCCCAUAGUUCCGAGCUAUCGUUGACAGACAACGGAAUUCUACCACAGGCAACCGAUCUUACCCAUGUGCCCCGUGUAUACUCCGAGGAGAGAACGAUACCUGCAGAGAAGUGGAUAAGAGCACCGACGGGUGCCUCCAGCUCCAGAACGACCGCAGAAACAAUCGACGAGCUUUUGCACCGUGUAUCGACUCUCGAGUCUAUCGUUUCGCAACUAUCCGACGCGUCCAAACUCUCCCACCCCACCCCACCAGCGGCACCCUCUCAUGAGCCGUCGAUCAUUCGCUCAAGUUUCGGAACGGACACCAAAGACGAGGAUGUCGCUAUGAUGCUUGAGGACUUCGCCAUGGGCCACCGCGUGAACACCAACCGUGCAGCCCAAGAACUCGAGGCCGCGUCUCACAGCACUGUCAGGUCACCGCAACUCAGGGUCACGCGGAAAGGACCGCAGCUCGGUAUUCUCCCCAGCCACCCCCUCGCACUGCUCAUCGACCCGAACACGGAUAUCCUGGGUCGUCUGCUUUCUGUGAUGCUGCCAGAACAGCAGGCUGGUGUGCUUGUGCAGUUCUACUUUGACCGAUUGGACUGGUACUCGAAGGUUCUCCACCGGCCGACCUUCGUCGCAGAAGUGAGCGAAAUCUAUGGGCCAACAUCUUCCCGAAAUUUCGCCGCCAUCGACAUCGGAUUUCUGGCUGUCUACUAUAUGGUGUUGUGCUUGGCCCUUCACCUCAUCGAGUCGAUCGUACGCGAACAACUGGGGCUCUCUUUCCUCGCUGCAUCAGACCUCGCACGAGACAUGCACUCUGCCGCUCAAGCAUGUCUACAUUUUGACGAGUUCCUCGGCUCGCAUUCCCUCGAGCAUCUGCAGUGCAUCAUUCUUAUGGGUGUUUACCAGCAAAACCUGGACGAGUCUGAGUCUCACGCACUGGGCUCUUCUCGGCGCCGCCAUCAAAGUAGAAUUGUCUUGAGCGGGAAUCAUUUCAAACAUCUGACAGGCUGCGUAGAUUGCUCAAAAUUUGGCAUAUCCAUGCUGGGCACCGAAGGGGAAGAACGAACCUAUUCGACACCCUGGGGCUCUAUCGUGAGACGAGAGGUUGCACGCAGAGUAUGGUGGAUUCUGAUGGCUUCACGAGUCCAAUGCGUAGCCUCUGCUACGGCUAUUCUCAAUCACCUGAAUUCGGACGACUCUGCUCUGCUGCUCAAGUGGUGGAUUGUUCUGUUCUACGGCUUUGCGGCUGCAGUUGUACUGUUCAUCGAUCUGUGCCACCAGAAGGCUGAGGGGCAAGCCGAUCUCGAAGGCCGUCGCAUGCAGCUAAGAGAAGCGCUCGAUUUGUUCAAAACAGCCGAGCAAGUGUCUCAUGUCUCGCGUAACGCAAUAACGUUGCUGGAGGGCCUUCUGACUGCUGAGCCUGGGAUGCCGUCGAGACCAUCUCACAAGCGUGGGGCUACAGACGAUGCGCCGUUUGGCCGAAUCGUCAAACGCAUGAUUAUCGAUGCCUCGCGGAAUCUGACUGUGCCAACGGCAAUAUCCCCAGCAAGUAGCAGCAGCGCAAACAGUGCAUCACCGCCAAUGCCCCCCAUUCGCAGUCAAGUUACCCGCCAGCCCGAGACCCUGACAUGAUGCCUGAACUAUUCAUGGCUGGAGGAAUGUUCCGCGACGAAGGCGUAUUUUCUGGUCCUCAUUUCGACGACCAGACGAUGGCACAGCUUUCCCAGCUACUAUACAGCGAUCCAUACGGUUACACAGACAACUACGCGGGGAGUGGUUGAGGUUCACGCGGCUUUUUCGUUUCACUGUAUCAUGAUUAGGCCUUGUAAUAUU